UCCACCCCCCACUGCAUCCCCCUUAAAAACACACACACACAGUCUAGCAGGCUGCAUCAGAAAUAACCACUUUAUAAAUAGACCAUCAACUAUCCAAGGGGAGGAUUUUUUAUAGGGCAGCAGAGCACAGAGCAGACAGCAAAGAGAAGAGGACUUAGAUUAGUAGACAGUUGAAGGCACUGAUCGUCCACACAAGACAACAUGUCAUCUGACCAGCCGUCUUUACCUUCAGGUGACUCCGUGUGUCCGGGGUGUCAGGCCGAGGGGUCACUUCUGCUCCCCUGUGGCCACAGUUUAUGCCAGUCUUGCAUACAGCUCUGCCAGCUUGAGUUAGGCCAGGAUCAGCAAAGAUGCACUGAGUGUUAUGGACGAGAGCUGCUGGACAGUGUUUUAAAAGGCCUGUUAGACUCUCUCUUCCAAGGCCAGCCUCGGAGGGUCGGCUCAGGGGCUGAUCUAGGUCUAGGGGACAGCGAGGACAGCAAGGACGGGGCUGCGGACGGCAAGAUGUGUGCCAAGCACAACGAGAGACUGACUCUGUUCUGUGAGGAGGACGAAGAGCUGAUCUGCAGUCAGUGCCAGGACGAAGAGCACAAGGAUCACAAGUGUAACAACACAGAGGAGGCAGCUCAGGAGUGCAAGGAGGAGCUGAGGUCUGCCCUGAGGCCUUUACAGGAGAAGUUGGAAACCCUAAACACAGCCAAGCAAAACUGUCAGGAGACAGCUGAGCACAUCAGGAGGCAGGCCCAGAAUACAGUACGGCUGAUAAAGGCCGACUUUGAGAGGCUGCAGCAGUUCCUGCGGGACGAGGAGACCUCCAUACUGAGCGCUCUGAAAGAGGAAGAGGAACAGAAGAGUCGGAAAAUGAAGGAAAAGAUGGACAGAUUAGCAGAUGAAAUUAUGUCUCUAACAGAAAUAAUUAACUCAACAGAAGAGGCCAUGGGCUCUGACGAUAUUGCAUUCCUAAAGAACUAUAAGAAGACAUCUGAACGAGUGGAGUGCACACUGCAGGAUCCAGACGAGACAUCUGGAGCUCUGAUUGAUGUGGCCAAACACCUGGGCUGCCUCAAGUUCAGAGUCUGGGAAAAAAUGCAAAAUGUUGUAACAUACACUCCAGUGAUCCUUGACCCCAACACAGCAGACGUGUGCCUCUCGCUGUCUGAUGACCUCACCACUAUCCGCUUCACGGAUGAGGAGCAGCAGCUACCGGAUAACCCCGAGCGCUUCUGCUACUACGAAUGUGUGCUGGGCUCGGAGGGCCUGGGCUCAGGCCGCCACAGCUGGGAUGUGGAGGUGGGGGACAGCAGCGAGUGGGCUCUGGGGGUGGUGAAGGAGAACGUGAUAAGAAAGGAGUGGUUCCCCCCUAGCCCAGAGCGAGGCAUGUGGACCAUUUGCCUGUACGGAGGAGAGUAUCGUCCAAAAAACGCCACCAGCACCCCCCUCACUCUCAAGAAGAAGCCACAGAAGGUGCGGGUGCAGCUGGACUGGGACGGGGGAAGGGUAAUGUUCUCUGACGCCAGCGACAACACAAUGCUUUACAAGUUUAAGGACAAGUUCACUGAGAAGCUGUUUCCAUAUUUCUCCAACUCAUGCAAGAGGCAUCCUCUACGCAUUCUCGCUGAGAAAGUAUCUGUUUACACAGAGUAGCCCAGCACUGAGUGGGCAGUAUUAGAAACAAAGGUUCCUUGGCUUGGAUUUAGGCUAUGAUUCUAGGAAAACCAUGAAACCUUGAUGUUAUGUGGAGGUUCUAAGGUUCCUCCCACUUGCACUCAUUUGAAAGGUUCGGAGCCCCGCUGGUGACAUAGAGUGUAAAUAAAAAUAAUGCGUGCCCACGCAGUAUUAACACGUGGGAACGAGAUCCUAAUGCAUGGCAUGACUUAGUAGGCAUGGGAACAAGAUAGUUAAGUCCUGGCCAUGACUUAGUAAGGCAUGGGAACAAGAUCAUGCCUUAUUAAACUGUGGUCAAGGCUUAAUUAUCUAAGUCAUGGCCACACAAUUUGGAUCUCGUUCCCACAACUCACUAAGUCAUGCCCAUGCAAUAGGAUCCCGUUCCCACGCCUUAGCAAGUCGUGGCCACACAUUAUUUCUAUUUAUACGGGAUAUCACUAGCAGGGCUCCAGAAAUGUAGCUCUCCUAUGGCAUUGAACACGUUUUUUUAAGAAUGUAGGGCUGCUAACAGAAUGGUGUCAGAUGUGGAGACAGUCAUAGACUGACAAGACCUGAGUCUAUAAACAGGCACUUUAAUGUUGUCAUUACUUUGAAAUCAUUGUAUUAAAUGCAUGGUAGAAUUUGCUGCAAAGCUUUCAUGAAACUAAAGCCAAUCUAUCAUUUCCAGUAUUAUAACUUGCACACAAUAACCAUAUGCUAUAAUGUUUUGUUUGGCUUGGUUCAAUCCUAGGAAUAUAUGUACAAUACAACAUAUGGACAUUUAUCAGCUGGACAGAUGGACUAUUUCCAGCACCCUCUAGGCAUUUUCAGAGAUGAGCCCAGAAAUCCAGACUGAGCACAGACCUAAGCACUAAAAGCACUGAUCAUGUAGCAGAAUGAUGUCAGAUGCAUAUGUGCUGUGGAUACAUUUGUGGACUGAUAAAGCCCAAGUCUAUGGGAAGGGAGGGGAAGUAACUUUAAUUUUAACAUUACUCCCUUAACCCCUUAAAAGGUCAGGGCUCAAAGGGCCCAAAGUUUUAUUACACACUUCUAUAAGUUAAGAAUAGCUCAAUCAGUUUGCAUUGAAGUCCUUGUAGUUACUGAAUAAUAAGCCUUAGUAUGUAAUAAGCCUGGGAUUUUAAGGGGUUAAACUGAUGGCUUGUUAUUAAUCCUAAAACUUGUAUUUAGUGACUACUAUAAAUUAUAGAACAUUUACUAUGAAAAUAAAUGUUUUAUGUGCUUAGGAGAAAGUAAAAUUAAGGCAUGGGCCCAUACAUCGGCAGUUUAAGGGUUUUUGAUAAUAAUAAUAAUGACUUUAUUUAUAAUGCACCUUUCAUUUUAGUGUAAAUCUAAAAGGUACUAAAAUAAAAAAAAAUAAAAAAAAACUACAACAUUUAAAAACAUGACAUUUAGGAAAAAAGUCUGAAUAAAACUAAUAAGUAAAGAAAUAAAUAAUGCCAAAACAUUUUAUGUUUAUGUUUUUAUGCUAAAUUCACAUUGGAAUAUACUGCAAGGUUUCAAGAAACCAAAACCAAACAUGUCAUUUAUGCUUAGAUUAUAACUAACAUGCAAUAACUACUUGUUAUAUAAUCUUUGGUUUCAGUCAUAGGAAUAUAUGUAUAAUAUGGCAUGCAAUACUAAUCAACCACUUUAUUAGAACCUGACCUUGUACUUCCAUUCACUGGUCACUUUAUGAGCUCUGCCUGCUUUAUAUGUCCAGGAUUUAGGUGUAUAGUUACAGUAGCUCAUUUGUUGUCUUUGACCCCAUCACCCCCACUACUGUUGGUGAUAUUAUUUGGAUGGUGGUCCAUUCUCAGCACAGCAGUGACACUUACAUGGUAGUGUGUGUGGUAUUGGUGUAAGUGUAUCAAGCACAGCAGAGUUGUGUUUUGUUUGGAACUAAACUUUGCAGGAAGGCAGAUCUCCAGGAGGAAGGUUGGUGACCACUGGACUAGAGGUUGGCUACACCAACUGUACUCCAGCAAGGUGGGGGCUUCUAAUAAAGUGGCCAGUAUGUGUAUUUGUUACUGAUUUAAUUGUGCUGUGAAUGUUCAUAACAUGAAGUGAAAGAGCAAAAGAGCAAUGGGAAGAAGUUUCAUAGCGUUGCUGUCCAAAAAACAAGUAGUUUCAUUCAUUUUUAUUUUUCUACAUCAUUGGAACUGAUGUAGUUGCUUCCUGAUGGUGGCUUCCCUUUACAUUGUGCGAAUGUUUCAUGAUGAUUGGACCAACUGAAAUGCUCCAAAAUAGUUUGGAAUAAAAUCUUUCUAUAUUAACUUACAUGAAAAGUAAGUAAUGUUUUUUCCCUCUCCUGUAAAGUUACUUGUUUUUCUUUGGACAGUGAUGAUAUGCAGCUGCUGAACAGUUGAAUUUGACAUGUUGAAGCAGAGCAAACAUGUAGUACUGCAGUGCUGCUCAAGCUUUACUAAGCUAAUGCUUUUUGCACAGUGACUUGAUUUAUGCAUGAAAUGAGUGAAUGACUGAAUUACAUUAGCAUGUGUUUAAUCAUGGAGGCAGGAACUCCCAUUCUGAAUGAACGUGUAGUGUAAUUGAUGCAUAACAUGGUCUAAUGAUAUCAUAAUACAUUAUACAUAAUACAUCAUAUAUAUUAUUAACAUAUUAUUAUUGUGAUAAAUUGUCAUGAUAGCUUUUCUGAGUGGAUCAUGGGUCUCAUCAGUCCUUCCAGAGCAAUGAACAACUGCAUGUCUUGUAAAAAAGACUGAUUUAGGCCAAAUAUAGGAAGCCUGAGAACAAGAACCAAUAUAUACUGUUUUAAACAUAUCUUUACCGUUGCUGCUGUAUGUUUAUUUAACAAAACUAAAUUUGAAAAUGCUGUGAAGUAUCAUGAUGUCACACUUUUUUCCACAUUGCCCACCCUUAGCAUCCUGCCCAUCCCUAACAAUAAAUAACUAGAUUAUUUUGAGUGUAUUUAUGAAAUGAAUGCAUAAUUUGCACUUUACAUGACUGAAAAGUUCUCCAAAAAAUGUGGUGAUGAUUGUGU